GGUGCGGUGUGGAGCCGCGUUCCGACACAGCCCUAUUUACUUUGUCUGUAGGCCGCUCCAAGAGCGGCUGUGUACGGUGCGCGUGCGUUCACUUCCCUUGCGUUACGAACACAUUUUGUAAACAAACUUGGUACCGCAGUGCGAUUUUCGAAAAAAUAUUUGCUUUAACUACCGAUAAAUAUUAAAAACAAUUUGUGAAGACUUGAGUGUUGAAUAAUUUGUGUACACAAUGGAUUUGUCCUGUGGCGAGAACAUGCAGAAUUCUGGAAACAACAGUGGAAGUGGAAGGAUGGUCGACAUGUGCGUCGCUGGUCCAGAUCGGGCCUUAGAUCGCGAUCCUCGGCUGCUUCUCAACUUGCUGGCUCUGGAGAGGGCUCACGCUCUUCACACGGACUAUUUCCAAAAUGUACAAAUUGAUAUCCAGCCGUUCAUGAGAAAAGUUGUCACCACCUGGAUGUUGGAGGUUUGCGAGGAACAACAAUGCGAGGAGCAGGUGUUUCCCCUGGCAGUGAGCUACAUGGACCGGUUCCUGGCGCAGCGAGCCAUUUCACGGCAGCAGCUGCAACUCCUGGCCGUCACCGCUAUGUUGCUCGCCUCCAAGUUCCGUCAAUGUCACCCGCUGUCUGUCGACCUGCUCUGCGCUUACACUGAUAACACCGUGUAUCCUCAUGAAGUCAGGCAAUGGGAAGUGAUGCUUCUCCAACGAUUGAACUGGCAGUUGUCUAUUGCAACGGCGUUCGACUUCGUGGAGCCGUUCUUGGCGCGAGUGCCGUGGGGUCGCGCCAACCCGCUGGUGAGGACGCACGCGCUCACGCUCACCUCCGUCUGUUAUACCGAGACGGAGUUUCUGCUUGUGCCGCCAUCGUUGAUAGCUGCUGCGUGCAUCACGGCGGCGGCGCGGGGGCUGCGAGUGCGCAUGUCUGUGAGCGAGCUGUGCGCGCUGACGCGCACGCCGUCCGCCGCCGCCGAGCUGGUGGCGCGCCACGUGGAGCGCGUGCUGGCGCGCGAGACGCAGCCGCAGGAGCCCCGCGCCCGGCACCCGCACCCCUACAAGCAGACCACUCCCGAGCAGACGCAACUACCGAACACACCCACAGACGUGCAAGACGUACAUUUCUAACAACAAAAUACAUUACUUUGUAUUUUUUGCAAACAGUUUAUUCUGCAUUUAAGGAGCACUAUAACCUGUGAAGAAAAUAGUACAAAAAUUAACAACCAAAACCAAACGAUCUCAGAGCAGUGUUUAUGAAAGUAUGGAUUGCAUUGUUACGAACAUUUUUUACUUCGUGCACCUGGAUUCACAAAAGAAGAUCCCGUCGAUAAGCAAAAAAAGAGCCUUCAUCCAAAAGAAGUGAUGUCAAUUCUUAUACAAUAUCGAUGAAAACUUAUGUAGAAGAAAUUAUUGUUCAUUGAUCUCAAAUUAUUUAUGUAAAAUAUUAACAUUAGAGUAGAUUAAUGUUAUUUAUUGUAAAAUAGAAUCAUUUAUGCGAGUUGCUUAAGGUUUUUUUCGUUCGGCCGAACGUUAUAAUAGAAAUAUUUUGCUUUUUGAUCUCCAUUGAUUCCAAAUGUUUGUGAAAGACUGAACAUAUUGAAAUCACUUUUUUACAAUAAACAAACGAACUCCAUUAGCAAAUUGUGUGAAAUGUUAGAACUUAAUUAAGCAAGAUCAAAUCGAAGAAGAAUAGAAAUUCGAUGUAUAUAUUAUUUUGUAUUUAUAAUUUUGUGUGUCACUGUGUACUAACUAGUAAGAUCUCAUUUUGUAAUCAAUUUGAUUUAGUCCCUCUUCGCGGAGGGAGGUGUGUUUAGUAUUUGCUGAUAAUGAGUGAAAAUGUUAAAUGUUGUAAUAUUUAUUUAGGUCGAUGUUAAGUUUUAGUAAAUUCUAGUCAAACGUUUUACACAUUCCUGUUUUCGACCAAACUUAAUAUUUAGAUGUAUAGAUUUAAUUUGUAUAAGUAUUAUUGUUAAGGUAAUUAGUAUGUUUUAGUUUGUUUGGAAAAUUGUUACAAAAGGCGUUAGAAUACUCAUCACUGGAGCGGGAGAAGUUCCACAGUUAGUUAAUGUAUAGACAAUUAAAUUUCCUCGCUUGUAAUUAGUAUGUAACUGUAUUUAUUGGGUGGCGGGAGUGAGGGAGAGACUUGCACCUCCAGCACACAGUAAGAUGGAGCGCGGGUACGCGGCGCGCUCUCGACGACCGGAGCGUUACGUUACGCAAUGUUAAUUUUACUAAUUGUAAUAAAUUAAUGGGUGAGCUUUCAAGUCUCUCUAUUUAUUCCGUGUCGACUCAAUGUAACUUUCACAUAUAAGUUAAAAAAAUGAGUGUUCAUGCAACCAUUAACAUUAAGAUCACUGUGAAUUUAAAUUAGGCAAGCAGCUUAGGAAUGUUUGAAAGAAAUGCACAUGUAAAAUUGUGAAGUAUGGUUUACAUACAUGCCACGUUUACUAUUUCGACAUUUGUAGAUACGUCAUUUGUCAUUGUUAUUUAAAUUAAUUUAUUGUUUAUAUUUUACUUGGUUAUAAUAGCAUUUAAUCAGUGUAUGAAUAUGCACCUAAACACAAAAUAUAUUACAACUUAAAGAGGCCAGGAGCCUGUGAAGAAACGACGGACUAUAGAUACACAAAAUUGUAUUCAUGCUUGGCAUGUUAUCGUUUCAUCAUGAACAUGUUCAACAGAUUAAUCAAUUUUAUUAUAGUUUCUACCUUAAAAAGUUUUAAUUAUGAGAAAGUUUUGAUAUACAGUCGCUUGUAUAGCUAUUGUUCAUUUGUAGCUAAGAUUUCGUUUUAAACAUUGAUUGUGUUAGGUACGUAUGAUUAUUAUGCCUAUUGUGUAGAUGUGUAUGGUGCAGCUUAAUUUAUAGGUUGGCCAUAUAUAAUAAUGUAUAGUUUUAAAAUAAAAACAAACCCCAAAAACA